AUGCGCCUCACCACAGUUCUCCGCGCGUCUCGCGCACCAGUGUCUCAAUUUCCCUGGCUGGCAGUGCUGAAAGUCGCCCAACUCCAGCGCAUCGCGCGCGCAACGGGGAUUCAGUCUUCGGGAACGAAAACAGUGCUCGCCGCGCGGAUCGAGACCGCGCUAAGCCAGCAGCUGGCUCUCCCUUCGAAUGAAAAGCAUAGCAAUGACUGGAACGUAUUGAGUAUCGAUAUGGGGAUUCGGAACCUCGCUUUUGCACAUUUACGCGUGCCAAGGGCUUCUCAGACGCAGAUGGUGGCGCAGGCGCCACCAAGACCGGUGUUGACAGCCUGGCAUCGAUUGAAAGUCUCGGAGAUCGGUGAUCUAGAUUUGCAGGGUACGGGAGUGAAGAUGGAUGGCGGGGACUUUGCGGAGCGCAUGUCCGAGUCAGAAGCUGGAUCUAUACCAUCUUCGCAAACCAUCCAGACUAAGCCAGCGGCAGGCUUGAAGGAAGCCUUCUCACCAGAUCUAUACGCUGCAAUGGCCUAUACACUGAUCACGUCCCUCCUAUCUGCCUACAAGCCCACCCAUGUAUUGAUUGAGCGCCAACGCUUCCGAUCCGGCGGCGGGAGUGCGGUUCAGGAGUGGACGAUACGCGUUGGCGUUCUGGAGGGGAUGCUACAUGCAGUGCUGCACACACUUCGACAUGCACGCGGAAGUGAUAUCGCCGGAAUUGAUGUGCAGGGCAUUGAACCCAAGCGAGUCGUUCGACAUUGGGAGGAUCUUGAUUCUCAUAGCACCCCGGAGGGCGAGGAUGGUACAAAGAAAACCAGAGUUAGUGCUCGGGAAGUCAAGAAGGCCAAGAUUGAUCUUGUGGGGCGUUGGCUAGGUGCUUCCCUGGAGAACGAUAUUUCCCAUAAUUCGGGUACUCGCUCAAAUGGGAAUAUGGGAUUGGGCACCGCAGUGGAUGCGAAGAUUUGUCUUGCGGCAGAUAGACCUGCAGUACAUGACCUUGCGGGUGCGUAUCUACAAAAGUGGCGAGGCGAGGGAACGAGGAAGAAACGAAGCUCUGCAGCGGGCUUAAGUAGUGAAGUUGGCAAGCUGGAUGAUCUGGCGGAUUGUCUGUUGCAGGGUGUUACUUGGGUGGAGUGGCAGGUAAUGCGAGAGAGGCUUGCCCGUGAAGGGUUGAAAGCAUUUGAAAGGGCUUGA